AUGUCCAAGUUCCCCCGUCUCCCAGAUUCAGGCAUCAAGGUCAUCAUCGUCGGCGCUGGAUUCGCAGGCUUGACUGCCGCGAUCGAGUGCGACCGAAAAGGCCACAACGUAACUCUUUUUGAGAAAAUUGCAGACCUAAAACCCCUGGGCGAUAUCAUCAGCUUCGGCCAGAAUGCCACACGCAUCUUUGCCAGAUGGCCUGGGGUGAUGGAGAAGUUCCAGCCUCUCAUCCACAAGAGCCAGGAGAUUUCCUACCACAGCUGGGAGGGAAAAUAUGUUACCACCCAGUCCUGGCUGGCUGAGAAGGAAUGGGGGCCUAGGGUGAACGGGCACAGGGGCGAAUUGCACCGCAUCUUGUACGAGCACGCCAAGGAAAGAGGCAUCGAGAUCCGGCUGGGCCAGGACGUUACAGACUACUUUGAGAGCGAGACGGAAGCCGGCGUGGUGGUAAAUGGCGAGAAACACGUGGCAGAUGUGGUUCUGGCGGCUGAAGGGGUCAAGUCCCGCGGGCGCAGGAUCGUUCUUGGGUUUGACGACAAGCCUCAGCCCUCUGGCUACGCGAUCUACAGGGCCUGGUAUCCGACCGAGAACACACUCAGGAAGAAGGCCGUGACCCAGCACCUUGUGAUGGCAGACACACAUAAUGCCUGGAUCGGCCAGGAUAUCCAUUUCAUCGCUGCAGCGGUCAAGAACGGCGGGGAGAUGAGCUGGGUCUGCACGCACAAGGACGAGGCGGGCAUCGAGGAGAACUGGCAGUUCCCAGGAAAGGUGGAAGAUGUCUUGAAAGUGCUGCAGGGCUGGGCGCCCGAGGUGGUCGAGCUGGUCAAGGCGACGCCACCGGAUCGCCUGUUUGACUACAAGCUUGUGUAUCGCGACCCUCUGCCCACCUUCAUCUCGCCUGAGAAGCGCAUUGCCCUGAUUGGUGAUGCCGCGCAUCCCUUUCUUCCGACCUCGAUCCAAGGAGCUAGUCAGGCCAUGGAGGACGGGGUCGUCCUCGCGGCAUGUCUUGCUAUCGCGGGCAAGGCAAGAGUCACCGAAGCUAUGCAGGUCUACGAGAAGAUUCGGUAUGAGAGGGUACACAAGAUCCAGGCAACCGGGGUGUCGACACGAGAGAUGUGGCACAAGGCAGACUGGGACGCCAUAUGGAAAGACCCAAGCAUGCUUCACCUGAAGAGGGAAGAAUGGAUCCUGCGGUUCGACGCUGAGGAGGACGCCUAUUCACGAUAUGAUGAGGUGAAGGCCUCUCUCCAAGCCGUAUAG